CAAAUAUGGCACAGAUAUACUUUUUGAUCAAAUUGCUAAAAAGAAAUUGUCCUAACUAGACCAACUUGUUUGGUGAGGAAAAAAGACGAAGGAACUUACUUAUGGGCUUACUCAUAUGUCUAUAAGCAUCUUGCCUCUAACAACUUGUUUGUGUGUAUUUCAUAGUUCAUAGUUAUGCAAAAUGUCCGAACGAGGAAAAUUGUUGCUCCAACCUGGUUUUCUAGCAACUCAUGUCAAAAUAGAUUAUGAGGGGAAAAAAAAUGAGUGGAUAAAGAGGAACAAUGAGAUACGUAAAUCUCAUGGGGUGAAGAGUAAUGCAACUCCUUUUAGGGAUGAUGAUGACAAUGAGUCUGUUUCUUUUGAGCAGGAGGUACAAUAUAUAAGUAUACGUUAAUGAUCAGCAAAAAUAAUGCCAUAGAGAUGGCACCAGGUCAUCGAAAUGUUAGAGGCCAUAGAGAUACACCAUCUCCUCCUCAAAGUGUUACACCAUCUCCAACCCAAGGCUUAACCUCAUCUCCACAUACACCAUUUCCCUCUCAAAAUGUUACACCAUCUCCAACCCAAGUGUUAACCUCAUCUCCACCCCAAGGGUUAGCCCCAUCUCCACAUACACCCUCUCCCCAUCAACGUGUGACACCAUCUCCACCCCAAGGGUUAACCUCAUCUCCAACCCAAGGUUUUACCCCAUCCAAACCCUCUAUCGUUGCACAAUCUACACAAGUGAGUGGCACAGGUCCAUCAUCCUCAAAGCGUGUGCGGGGACCUACUGUUAGCAAAAGUUUAGAUAAAUUUAUAGCACACCACGAAGGAAAAAAGCUCGUAGUUACUGUCCCAGAGGAGAUGAAGGCAUUCUGUGGGGUGAAUGCCACCAUGGCAGCAACUGAUCUUGGGGUACAGAUUAGGAGGUUUUGCCCUAUUCAAGGCUUUGCCCAUUCAUGGAAGUCUGUGGACCCAAUGGCUAAAAAAGCCAUCCUGCAAUCUAAUCGAGACAAGUUUGACAUCGUAGAUGGAACAGAGGGAAGGGAAAUUCACUGGCUGAUGCUGUAACUGACAAGAAGGCCUCCCUUUUGUAUAAAGAUUGGAAGUGUAACAUGAGGCGUCAUUAUAGAAAACUUAGGAAAGAGAAAGUGGACCCAUAUAGUAGUCCAUAUCCAGGGAUGCAUAUGGAUGAUUGGAAGUACUUAAUCGACAAAGUAUUCAAAGAUCCAAAAAUUCUGAAGCGCUGCAUAGCUGGAAAAAAAAGAAGGAAAAAACUCCCGUAUAAUCACACUAUGGGGUCCAAAUCUUUUCCUGCUGCGAUGUCCAUUGAGGCUGAAGGAAAUGAUAAUGUACUUCCUGAUUUCUGUGUAUUCUUCAAAAAAUCACAUACGCUAAAGAAGACAAAAGAGUGGAUCAAACCUACUUGUGCAGUGCUACAUGCGGCGAUGGAAAAAGCGCGAGACGAGGCAUUGGAGUCUGGAGUCUCAUUGACACAUGAGGAGCUUUCAACAAAGGUGUUGGGAAAAGGAAAAAAUCCUAAAUACCUUAGAGGACUUGGGGUUGGCCCAACACCCACUUGCUUAUCUUUCAAAUCACAUGAGUCACGAGCACAUUCAGAGCUACUGAGUAUCAGAUCUGAAAUGGAGUCACUUCGUGAGGAACAUCAACGAGAGCGAGAGGAGUAUCAGCGUGAGCGAGAGGAGCGAGAAAGAGAGCGCCAAGAGGAGCGAGAUCGCUUUGCUAAGCUUGAAAGCCUUGUGACAAAACUCCUGGACACUCGUGGAACUCCAUGAUACGAGAUCGACUUGAAGGGAUGCUUUUUGUAAAUGAAACAAUUUGAAAGAUGAUUUUUGCUUGUGAUGGAAAGACUUUGAUGGGCAGAUUUUGUAUAUGGAGCAAUUUGGCA